CGCCGCUCGUCGUCGUCUCCUCCUCCACCCCUCCCAUGGCGGCGGCGGCGGCCGGAGCCCUAGCUCCACCCUUCCUCCCCCUACCCGCUCGCCCUCUCCAGCAUCCCGUCGCUCGGAUGAACUCGGCCCCCUCCACCCUCCGCUCCCGCUCCAGCUCCCGCAGCCGCCUCGCGGUCGCGCGGGCGUCGAACGGCGGCGAUGGUGGGCCCCCGGCGGAGGGAGGGGAGGGGAAGCGGAAGGGCCCGUCGCUCCCGGCGCUGUCGGAGAUCCGGUGGGGGGAUCUGCUCACCCCGGAGCCCGCCAACGCCGCGGCCGUGGCGCUCACGGCCGCGCUCGCCUGGGCCGGCGCGUCGCUGCUGCUGCAGCUGACGCUCAUCUCGUUCGCGAUAUUCGCCGCCGCCGUCAAGUACUCCUUCGUCGCCGCGCUCCUCCUCUUCGUCCUCAUCGCCCUCCUAUAAUGUUUGGCUUGGACUGGACUUGAAGCUAUAGCAGUGGUACUAGUAACAAAGAGAUAUUGACCUUGCGUUCCUCUCAAAUCGACGUACACAUGCAGGUGGAUGGCCUGCUUUUAUAUAGCAGUCCACCUUCAAGGGAAUAUAAGUACAACCUUUGGGUAGCACUGAUUGCUUGUUGUAAGCCACUAAAAAGCAUCUUGCAGGUCACUGUACAUCUUUCCUCCUGCUCAUGUAGAUUCUCACAAAUAUUGUUGUAUCAUUAUGUGAUAUGUUAGUAUAAUUUCGAUUUAUUAUUUA